CUCUCCUUUUCCAAACAACAGCAGAGAAUUGACCCGUCUCCAUCGCGCUGGCCCCAAAGCUCUCGGGCCGUGCCCGUGCGGAUAGACACAACUCUGGCAUUGCCUGCCGACUUGGCACGAUCGGCCAAGACAGCCCACCUGCAACCCAAGAGAGAGAGAAGAGGGUCCUCGCCCUUGUCCGGAAGCCGGAUUGGCAACUGCGAUAACCCCAUCCCCAUCCACUACCCCUCGACGGCGCUUCGAACAAGAACCAUAUGGGACCACUCAAGAGGUCAUUUUCGCAUGUCAUGCCUCGAAAACUCCCAGAAAACACCGUUUGAUCGGAUACGGUCCUGCUUGCUUUUCUUUCUUUUUCCUUUUUUUUUUUUAUAAAUUUCCUAUACUGGAAUAUUAAUUUGGUUUUUGCGGCAGCAGCCAUGGCGAUGGCUACCCUGUCGCCCAUCCUGAACAACCAAAUCUCGAAUCCUGGCAGCCCUGUCGUCACCACCACGGGCGGUGGCCCACCCGAGUUAAGCGAUAUCGAUUAUCUCCGCGAGGUCCUGGGGCAGCAGCAGCCGCCCGACGGCAAAACAGAGGCGGAUAUCGAGUCGGAACUUGCUGACAAGGCGGCGGCGUUGGGGAUAGAGCUGCCGAUUGAAGGGGGGGCGAGGUUGACGGUGGAGGAGCAGCUGUCGAGUGGUGGGUCGGAUGGUGCUUUUACUAGGCAGCAUGGGAGGACGGUGUCGUCGACGAGCUCGAACGAGACGGUUAACUCUGGUUCUGGUUCACCUGCGUCGCGCCACUCGAUAGUGCUGCCGGCAACGUUGACGGAGUCUGCUGCGAGGAGGAGGUCGAGGAGUUUGACUUUUUCGCAGUAUGAGAAGUAUCUAGGCCAGAUCAACCCUGCGCUGGAUCAGCCCAAGUUUAUGAGGCCGCAGCAUGACAAGACGGAGAGGUCGGUGGGGAUGUUGGUUAGGUCAGGGACGAGGAAGGGGGUGAUGGAUCUCAAGAGGAGCAUUGCUAGCAGGUUAAAGAGAAGGAGAGCUACACCUUCCUCUCUGACGCCCAUCCCCUGCAUCUGCUGCCGCGAAGACUUUUCCCGCGAAAACAACACCCUCCAAACCCUCCCGUGCGGCCACACCUACUGUCAAGAUUGUCUUGAAGUCAUGAUCGCCCAGUCCACCUCGGACGAGUCCAAAAUGCCUCCCCGCUGCUGCACCCAGCCCAUCCCCACCCCCAUCAUCAAGAACGUCCUCCCUCGUGACAAACAGCAGCUAUUCCUCAAAGCGGUCCAGCAGUACUCCACCCCCUGGGAAAACCGAAUCUUUUGCCCAAACACCACCUGCGGCGAGUUCAUCCCCCCCACCUCCAAAAUCGACCCGAAGCACCCGUUUGAAGCGGUGUGCAGGUACUGCCGGACGAGGGUUUGCGUCAUGUGCAAACGGAACGCGCACAGGCUGGGACAGGACUGUCCGUCUGAUAGGGAGCUGGACGCGGUGCUUAAGAUUGGGGAAUGUUCCGGGUGGAGGAGGUGCUACAAGUGCCGGACGUUGGUGGAGCUGGCGCAGGGGUGCACGCAUAUCACCUGUCGGUGCAAGGCGCAGUUUUGUUACAUUUGCGGUGCGGUCUGGGAUCCGUGCGUGGGGUGUCCGAAUUUUUGCAACGGGGAGGAGGAGCUGGAGCGGAGGAGGGUGGCGGAGGAGGCGAGGUUGGCGGAGCUGGAGGCGGAGGAGCUGGCGAGGGAGAAGUUGGCGGAGCAGGAGGAGAUGGAGCGGCAGGAGAGGGAGAGGAGGACACUGGAUAAUGUCGAGUUUAGGAUGUUGAAGAGAGAACAAGAGGCGGAGAUGCAUCGUUUCAGGGCCUUCGAGCUGGGGGCGAAGCAGAAGAUGAAGGAGAGGCACUCGAAAAAGAGGAUGGCGCUUGGGGAGAAGUAUGACGAGCUGACGGAGAAGAUGAGGGAGAGGCACGCCAAGACGGAGCAGCAUUUGGAGGAUCGGCAGGUGCUGGCCGAGUUUGAGCUGUUGGCGAGCUUGGAGGAGAAGGAGAAGAAGAUUAGGCUGAAGCUGAAGUAUAUGGAGGAUUAUUGCAGUGGGAGGCACCGGCCGUCGGCGAGUGAGCUGAGUGCGGAUCCGGAGGAGAGGAAGAUGCCGAGACGGGAGAUCACGAUGAAGGAUAGGGAACAGCUGAGGCAGCAGUACUGCAUACGGGAUGGGAUGGAGAGGAAGCAUCAGUCGCAGAUUAAUGUGUUGAGGGAGAAGCAAGCGAAGGCGCUGGAGGAGCUGAUUGGACGGCAUGAGAAGGAGAUGGAUGCGCUGAUGGACAGGCGAGCGGAAGAGAUUGAGGAUCUGGCGGUUGAGUUUACAAACGAGGAAGAAGAGAUGGUAGGGGUCUUUAGGGAGAGGAAGAGGAGGCUAGAGUGGAAGUGGGAGUUGGAGAUGGAGAUCCUUCGAGUGAGAAUGGAGAGAGAGCUGGGGGUCGCCUUCGCGAGACUUGGGGGGCCAAAGUGGCCUGAGGAACAACAGCUGGUCCUGCAGCAACAGCAAAUAGUAGCUGAGCACGAGCAGCAGCAGGAGUACAUAUUGCCUGUGGUGGCGGGGAUGGAGAGUAUCACGGUAGACGAGGUUCAGGUUGAGCCUGAAGCUGAGGUUGGGAUUGCGAAGUAAAUUUCCCUUUUCGAUUGACGCUACCAGACCACACCACACAUUUCUUUUUUCCUUUCUUGGAUUGGAUCGGAGUUUUAUCUUUACGAAACUUGCUUUUUCUUUGGGGGGGGUACGCUGUCAUCGCUUUGGCGUUUUUGCCUGUCUGUUUUGUUCGGUUUGUUUACCAUCUUAGGGCAUUUACAUUGGAAGAACGAUUGGGCGGGGUGUAUCGAUACCAUAAGGAACUGGGGCGUGGGAGGAAAGAAAGGAACUGGCUGACAUGGAAGGGUGGGAUUUGGUGGAAACGGAAAGAUCAAGGCGUAAUAUGGCACUGGGGGAAGUGUGAGCAAUGUGUUUUUAUUUUAGUUACAUUUUGAUACCUACCCUUACUUACCUAUGGAGAGGAAG